AUGGCUGCACAAACCAAACCCCAAAUCCUCACCGACCUCAAUCAUCUCCGUUACUUCGCUCUCUUCUUCCUCCUCUCCUGCUACGUGGCUUCCGGCGCCGGAGGAACAUGGAAGCUUCUCUUACCAAACGUCGGAAUAUCAGCAAUGCAUUCACAGCUCCUCCGUAACGACNGUGUCAUAAUGUACGACCGAUCCAACUUUGGUCCCUCAAACAUCUCUCUACCUAACGGAACAUGCCUCAACAGUCCAAACGACAUCGUUUCGAAGCGCGACUGCACCGCUCACUCUGUUGAAUACGACGUCGUUUUAAACCGCAUCCGUCCCUUAACCGUCAAAUCCAACACAUGGUGCUCCUCUGGGGGACUCACACCAGACGGUACUCUACUCCAAACCGGAGGAGACAGAGAAGGUGAACGUAAAGCUAGACUCUUCUCUCCUUGCGACAACAAUACUUGUGAUUGGUCUGAAGUUGAUAACGGACUCGCUGCAAGAAGAUGGUACGCUACGAACCAUGUUCUUCCCGAUGGUCGUCAGAUUAUCAUAGGAGGUCGAGAUCAGUUCAACUACGAGUUUUACCCUAAAACAAACGGUCCAGAUCUCUUUACCUUACCAUUCUUGUCACAAACCAACGAUCCUAACGACGAAAACAAUCUCUACCCUAACGUUUUCCUAAACCGCGACGGAAACUUGUUCAUAUUCGCUAACAACAGAGCGAUUUUACUCGAUUAUACGAACAACGUAGUCGUGAAAACGUAUCCAGAGAUCCCUGGAGGCGAUCCGAGAAGCUAUCCGAGUACUGGCUCCUCUGUUUUACUUCCGAUCAAGAAUCUUGAAGACGAGACGAUGGUCGAGCUAGAGGUUAUGGUGUGCGGUGGUGCACCUAAAGGAUCGUUUAACCUCGCGUUAAGGAGAAACACUUUCUUGAAAGCGCUUGACACGUGUGCGAGGAUCAAGAUCAACGAUGCUAAUCCUCAAUGGAUCGUUGAGAAGAUGCCUAGAGCUAGAGUUAUGGGAGACAUGAUUCUUUUACCUGACGGACAUGUUCUGUUAAUUAACGGUGGUUCUUCAGGAACAGCUGCUUGGGAGCUUGGUCGUGAACCGGUUUUAAAUCCUGAUCUUUACCGUCCUGAUAAACCGGUCGGUUCAAGAUUCCUUGUUCAGAACGCAAACGCUAUUCCAAGAAUGUAUCAUUCAACCGCGAUACUACUCCGCGACGGGAGAGUUCUCGUCGGAGGAAGCAACCCGCACGAGUUUUACAAUUUCACCGGCGUGCUUUUCCCGACGGAGCUUAGCUUAGAGGCUUUUUCGCCGUCGUAUUUGGAAUCUCAGUUCUCGAGUCUUCGACCAAAGAUUGUGAAUCUUGCUUCACAGUCAACGAUCAAUUACGGUCAAAUCUUGAGGUUAAGGUUUGAUGUAACCGGAAGAGUGAAAAGUCCGGUUAAAGUGACAAUGGUGUUUCCUUCGUUUAAUACACAUUCUUUCUCGAUGCAUCAGAGACUUUUGGUUCUUGAUCAUGUUAUCUCAAUGAGGGUUGGUCUUUCGACUUAUGAGGUUAGGGUUAGGAUACCAAGAUCGGUUAAUCUUGCACCGCCCGGUUAUUACAUCGUUUUCGUGGUGAACCAAGAUAUACCAAGUGAAGGUGUUUGGGUCAGGUUACAGUGA